CUGUAUUUACUGUAUUUAUGUAAAAUGGAAAAAAUGUAAAAAUAGAACUCAAGCUUACAAUGGGGGUAACUGAAGCACAGGCUGCGCUUGGACCAGACUGGGAGGGAUUUCCCGAUUCGUUAAUUCUGCACAUCUUCCAUUUUCUUGACGCCCAUACUCUGCUGCGUGCUGCUCAGACAUGCAAGACAUGGAAUCGUGUGGCGAUUGAUGAACUAUUGUGGAAAGAUCUUUUCUAUUGUAAAUGGAAAAUUGAACGAGGAAUAAAAAUGGCGCCACAUAAAAAUGAAUGGCGCAAGGAAUACAAACGUCUGCAUUAUCACUCUCCUAAAGUUGAAAGUGAGGUACUUGACUCACAUAAGGAUCAGGUUCUUCAUGUUAGUUUCUCUCACAAUGGGAAAAUGUUUGCCACCUGCUCUAAAGAUGGUUUCAUAAAGGUAUGGAAUGCUACCUACCCCACCAGGAUUAAGUACAGUGAAGACCUGCGUGGUCUUACAUGGAAAUACACCCAAUUCUCUCAGUUUAAUGAGAGUGACACCCUGUUGCUAGUGUCUGGCGUCCAUUUUGGUUCUAACAGCACCUCGGGAGAAAUCGCUGUCUUCAGUUUAACAGAUUCAUUCACUCUCCAGAGCAGAGUCUCCAACAAGCCAUAUGACAUAUUUGGCACAUGGUUCAAUGACAAUCACCUUCUAUCAGGUAACCUUCAUUGGCAAGGUCACCUCUCAUCUGCAACUGUCCUCUGGCUCAAUAAGGCCUAUCAAGAAACGGAAUCUGAAGUGGAAAGUGUUGUAAUGCAACUUCUCAAGUUCUACAAUGUCAAUGCAAGCUCCAUUAGAACCAUUAUGGUAGCCAACUGUUACGAACCACAAUUUGACAAUGAUGUUCCACAAGCCACUGUAGAGCAAGUAAAACCUGACAUUGAUGAAGUCCAAGAUGAGGAAGAUAAAUAUGCCGCUAUUGUUUCGUCUCCUUCUGGUGUUCAAAAAAUGCAAAUAUUUGACGAUCACCAAGGAAUGCAUUUCUUAGAAGUAGACGCUGAUGACCGUCAUCUGGUGAACAUUCAUGGAACAAUCGAGUAUAAUACGGAAUACAGGAGCGCUGAAACUAAAAUGGAGCAAAAUUACAAUGAACACAAAACUGAAGUCAAGAAUGCGAAGCUGAGAAAAGCGGCAAGGCAGGAUUAUCUGUUGCGGAAUGAACAUAAACGACCUCGUCAGGAGUCAGGCACUUCUGACGUUGAUAUGAAACAGGCUCGAAGUGAUAGUAAAGAAGAUGAACCAGUUUUAUUUUCCUUGAACCCAGACGAUAAUGGAGGAGAGAUACAAAAGUCAAGUGUUCCAAUGGACACAAAUGUUUCAAAAUGUAGUACCCAAUCUUCAUCUAGUGAUACAAGAAAUCUUUCAAUGCCAAAUGAGCCAAAUGAAUCACAACUCAAUUCUUUCACAUUGCCAAAACACUCCUAUGAUCAGAGUCAGCAAAUGAGAAGCACAGAAGUGUCAAGGACAUCAACUGCAAAAUCAGAUGCAAAUGCAGAUAAUAUGACUGUUAUACCUGUAGCUGCAGGAGACAUGGCAGAAUGUUCGAAGUCCUGUUCAGAACCCUGUUCAAGAAUACAAGCAGAUAGUGCUUCGUGCAAUGUUGCGUUUUCAAGUGAUACAGCAACACAAAUCAUCAGCUCUUGUAGUAGCUCAGACAGCUGUCUAUCAGAUUCUUCAAAUUGUUACUUAAACCCAGCAAAAUCUUUAAAACUUCUCAAGUCUCAAGAUAAAUACCUAAUCUUCACAACGGGGGUUAAGACAUGCACCCCACAUCAAAUUGGAGUGAAGCGGAUGUCUCCUGAUAAACUUGACCUGAAACUAGACAGAAAGCAGAAAAAUAUUUUGCCUGAUGUUGAGGGAAACCAACAAGGUCUUGGCGCAGGGCCAGAUCACUAUGACGAUAUAGAUCACCUGAUUGAUUUACACGGUCACAUCAUUGGAAUGAGCCUCUCUCCAGAUCACAGAUACCUCUAUGUGAAUAGCCGCACCUGGCCUAAGGGUUAUGAAAUAGAGGACCCCCUCUACCCACCACCAAUAGCCCAGGAGAUUGACAUCCACGUUAUAGAUUUAUUGACGAUGAAGGAGGUUGGGACAAUGUUUCGUGCUCAUAAAGCUUACACUCCCAAUGAUGAAUGUUUCUUCAUCUUCCUCGAUGUCUGUGAUGAAUAUGUAGCAAGUGGAGCAGAGGACAAACAUGGCUACAUAUGGGAUAGGCACUAUGGGAUAUGCCUGGCCAAAUUUCCACAUGACAAUGUCGUGAAUUCUGUGGCAUUUAACCCAAAAGAUCCAGAGACAUUAGUCACAGUCAGUGAUGACUUCACAGUGAAAAUAUGGAGGUCACUGAAUCGAGAAAAGGAACUGAAAAAAUCAUGUAAAACACAACAAACUGAACAUGUAAUUCCUGCAAGUCGAGCUCAUAGGAGGCUUAGAGGCAUGCAUGCAUGGGAAAAAGAUACAUAGACAAAAAUAUGGGCAAACUAUUGGUAAAAGGUAUGUCUUGAAUCAAGACCAUGAUCCCAUAUACCACUUAUUAAUCUCUAUCACAGAGUGUACUUUGUGCAGUCCCCCUAGUCUCACCAGAAAUUGAACCACUACAGUCAAUCAUAUCAUAUGAUAUUAGAGACCCAAGGAGCUUGGUUUUAUAAAUUCUCUGUGAUAAUGAGGUGCUAAUAUGUUUGUUUAGAUGCAAGAUGUGUCAAUUAAUUACAAAAUUAUAUGUUUUUGUCUUGCAUCAACAUACGGACAUAGGCGGACGAGGCAAUUGCCUUGCCACAAUUUUAGCAGAUCUUUCCAAUAAACCCUGCCACCUUUUGAUAAUCAUAGAAACUAUGAUUUAUUGACUCACAAGAUUGAUGAACAUUUUCACAAUAAACG